AGCCACCAAAAGUUGAGUGGUUUGCAGGAGAAGGAGGCCAAAAUUAGGUACAUUCAACUGUGUCGUUCCCUGCCCACCUACGGAAUUACCUUCUUCCUCAUCAAGGAAAAGCUCACUGGUAGGAACAAGCUUGUGCCCCGCCUCUUCGGUGUGAGCAAAGAGAGCGUCAUGCGGGUUGACGAGAAGACGAAGGAGAUCCUUGAGACAUGGCCGCUCACCCGAGUCCGUCGAUGGGCAGCCACCGCUAACCUCUUUACUCUGGAUUUUGGCGAAUACAGUCCAGAUGGAAACUACGUUAUGCAGACAACGGAGGGCGAACAGAUAGCCCAGCUGAUUUCCGGGUACAUUGACAUCAUCCUCCGUCGUCAGAAGAAAUGCGACACCACGGGCUAUGAGGAGAACGAUUCGACUGCCAUCUUUGAGGAGAACGUAGGCCCUUCCCGGUAA